CAGCCGAGCUCUCCGGAGGCCGAAGCCCGCGGCGUCCGGGGGCGCAGCGAAGCCCUCCCGGGGCCCCCGCCCGCCCGCCGCCCGCGCAUGGCCUUGGGGCGCUCCGGGCAUGGAGCGGGAGAAGGUGCCGCGGCGGCCCGGGCUUUCCCUGCGGCUGGACGAGGCCGAGGGGGAGGCGGCGGGCCCGGGGGGCUGGCAGGCGGGCGGGCGGCUGCGGCCUUCCUCCUACCGGGCGCUGCGCAGCGCCGUCUCCACUCUGGCGCGCCUCGACGACUUCUACUGCGAGAAGAUCGGCGCCGGCUUCUUCUCCGAGGUCUUCAAGGUGAGGCACCGUCAGUCGGGACAAGUCCUGGUGCUGAAGAUGAACAAGCUGACCAGCAACCGAGGGAACAUGCUGCGCGAGGUGCAGCUGAUGAACCGGCUCUGCCACCCCAAUAUCCUCCGGUUCAUGGGGGUCUGCGUUCACCAAGGCCAGCUGCAUGCGCUGACAGAGUAUAUCAAUGGGGGCAACCUGGAGCAGCUGCUCGACAGCCCCACCCCACUGCCCUGGCCCGUCCGCCUCAAGCUGGCCCUGGACAUCGCCCGGGGGCUCUGCUACCUGCACAGCAAGGGCAUCUUUCACCGGGACCUGACCUCCAAGAACUGCCUGGUCAGGUGUGAGGACAAUGGCUACACAGCCGUGGUGGCCGACUUUGGCCUGGCAGAGAAGAUCCCCACCUACAGUGAGGGGGGUGAGAAGGAGCCCCUGGCUGUGGUGGGCUCUCCGUACUGGAUGGCCCCCGAGGUCCUGCAUGGGGAGCUGUAUAACGAGAAGGCGGACGUCUUUGCCUACGGCAUCAUCCUCUGUGAGAUCAUCGCACGGGUGCCAGCCGACCCCGACUACCUGCCACGCACUGAGGACUUUGGCCUUGAUGUGGCUGCAUUCUGCAACCUGGUGGGAGCCGGCUGUCCGCCAACUUUUCUCCAUCUGGCCUUCCACUCCUGCAAGAUGGAGCCCACUGCCCGGCCCUCCUUCCUGGAGAUCGUCCAGCGCCUGGAGGCCAUGCUGCUGACGGCGGGAGACCCCAGCCUGGCCCUGCCGAAUGACGACAGGACAGCCCUCCCGACCAACUCGGCAGCCGCGCUGAACGGUCAAGUGGCCAAGCAGCUCUCCUUCCCCAACACAGCAUCUGGCCUGCUUGGCCAGCAGCUCUUGACCCCAGAGCAUCCCCUCUCUCGCAGCCAGUCAGACGUAUUCUGCCCUCGAUCGCCCACCUUGCCCCGUGCCCACGACACUCCGCAGCGCGUCAACCCCUUUUCACAGCGCCAGGACCUCAAGGGGGGCAGAAUCAAGCUCUUCGACACACCCAGCAAGUCCUUGAUCUCCCUGACCUUCAACCUGCCACCCCCCUCGCCUCUUCCACCCGGCACCCCCAUCACGCCGGAGCCCGCCGUGGAGAUGCAGUGCAACUUUGCAGAGCCCGUAGCCAUCGUGCGCAGGUGUCGUUCGCUGCCGGCCUCCCCAGAGCUGCCUCGCCGGGAACAGCCGCCCCACAGCCCCCUCUUGGCCCUGAACCGCACUCUCCCAGAGCCUCCCGGUUCCCCUGCCGGCGAGCAAAUGGAUUGCAGCCCGGACAGCCCGGCCCCAGCGCCUGCCGGCCCGGCACCCCCAUUGACCAACGGCAGCUUCAUCAGCACAGCCGUGUCGGCGGCCCGGCCGUGGUCCCCCAACGGACUCCUCCUGAACAAUAACAGCAAGCAGCACGGCUGGGGUGGCAGCUUCUCGGAGCUGAGCGUGCCACCCACGGUGGAGGGAGCGCAGACGGAGCGCCCGGGCACGACGCUGCCCCUGAGCCCCUCCAGCAGCAGCUGUGUGAUGGAGCAGGAUGAGGUGCUGGCCUGCCCCGCCUGCUGCCUGGGGCCCUUCAGCUUCAGCUUUGCUUCCGUCUGCCACCGGCCGGCCGCCAGCACCCCCCGCUACCAGAAUCUGAACUGCGAGGCCAAGAGCCUGCAGUGCUUGGAGAGGCACCCCCAGCACUGCAAGGGCCUGGCACCAGGCCUGGCAGAGCCCAGCCUCAAGUUGCCGGAAGCCCAGUCCUGAGGCUGGCUCUGCGGUCGAGGAGCACUUCAGGUCCCCCUGGACAUCCUGGCUGCCCUUCAGACCUCCAUGGGCCGAGGAGCGGCACUGCACCCUUGGGGCAGGGUGGUACGAUGUUGCAGGGAGGGCUGCCAAGCCCAUUGUGAGGCAGGAGGGAGCCGUCCAGUCCCCAGCCCGGUCUCUGUGCGAUAAGGGGCUGCUGCUUUCUGCCCUCCCCUGCCUGGCCCCGUUGCAGUCCUGAGGGGUGAGUCCUUGGCUCCCCAACCUCUUGACCAUGGGUGGGUGCACAGAAGUAGAAUGGCAGGAAGAUGCAGGGAUGGGGUGAAGGGAAUUCGAGCAGUGAGGUUGGCAAGGGAAGGCCCAGUUCCUUCUGCCAACGGGGGGGAACUGGCACGCACUGGGCACAGGGCCGUGGGGUGUGUCGGAGGGAUGGGGCAGGGAGAUGAGAUAAAUUCCUGACCCAUCCCCUCCUCUCCUCUCCUGCCCUGCACAGGGUUGGUCCGCUGUGGGUCAGUCUGGCGUCUUGGCCCCUCUCUUUUUGGCACCAGUGGAGAGAAGAAGGCAGCUGCGUUUUUAAUAAUACUUGGAAAUACUUGUUAAUAUAUUCAGCUUAUUUAAUGUGUUGAAAAAAAUAAAACCUGAUGACAGUC